UGCAUUCAUAAGCCUAAUAUUCAUUAUUGCACUGGCCAACGCUCAGGCGGAGCUUGAACAGGUGCAUUCUAUCUUUUUGAAGAUCAAGAGGCAUGGAUUCAAUAAUCGUCGGCCUCUAGUACAUGGAUGUGGUCCAGGCGUUGUUGGAGAUGAGUGCAGCCGUUUGGUGAUGGCUUACAGCCGGAUGAGAAAGUAUCCUUGCGUCACGCGAUACGGGAACUUCCCCGUUUCUCACAACUCGCAAAAGUUCUUCCGCUGCAGGGGCGACAUAGUUACGCUAGAGGACUGUGGCAAUUCCUACAUCUUCGAUCCCGAUGUACGCUAUUGUGUGCUGAGGAAAAAAGCUAAAGAAACUUCCAAGAAAGAGAAGAAAAAGCAGACAAAUGAAACCCAGAAACGUGAUGAGAAAUCAUCACCACAAAAUGAAACAUCGUCUCAGCAAGUAUGUCCCAACGGCUUCUCCUCAAUGCUUAUGUUGCAAGAGGAUUCAGCUGACAAGGACAUCACUGAAGCAUGCCGGAAAAAUAAACAAUGCAAGCCGAAGCUAGACAAGCUGCGUGAAAGGCAAUGUCGCCCCUUCAAAUCGUUUCAAACACCGUUAAAAUUUAUCAAGGCAUCAAAUAUUAACAUGCUCAAUGUAUCUAUCAGCAACUCAUUUUCACGAGAGGCACGAUUCUGGUGGGUGUCGGACAUCCCCUCGGAGCUGCACUGGCGCUCUCCGGGAUACGUGGUGACACUCCAGGACUGUCUGAUGCUCUGCCACGAUCGGUUCGUCAUCGUUGGCACAGCAACAUGCGCAUGUGGAAGCAUUCGCGAAGAGAACGCUGAUUUCAACGUCUAUGACUGGGUGAGGGAUCAAAACUCUAAACGACUUCAGGAAAAGGAGGGAUUUCUCCUUCAUGAUAGAGAAACGUUCAAAACAGUGGGAUGGAGCUGCGGCACCAAGCCAACUGGAUGGAACAAGCUCCCUGGGAACACACUCAGCCAUUGUGUGCUCGCCUGUGUGAAGACACGCGCUUCACACCUCGCUUUUGGAAGAGACGGGUGUCACUGCUCUGUUAGCAACAGGACCUCAUCCAUCACAGCUCUACCAGUGGAGUCCUGCCAUCAUCCGACCGUUGGACUCAACGCAUUUGCCGUUCUGGAUGUCGGCUAUUGGACCAAAGCCAUACAAAUUCUGCUAAAAGGCUAUGGAUAA